AAAUAAUUUCACGUCUAUAAGAUAUCUGCUAGCCUCUGCUCAACUGCUGAUAUUCGAUAUGUUGAGUACGUCUGAGGAUAAGUGCGCGGGCGACGACAAGUACGGUGCAAAUUGAACCUAUAGAAGCUUGCCGGCCAUGGCAAAGCGAAAGGGAAAACCACGACCGAAACAAAAACCCCAAGAUCCACCACCAAAAGUUGUGUUAGAUUGGAACGAAUACUUCGGUCCGGGAGAUCUCCUAGCCUGGCAACGACUUAUGGCUGACCUAGGCAUCCCUGGAACCUUCAGUAGCAAGACCCAGUGCCGAAAAGUUUUGCGAUCCGUUUGGGUGAACAUCAUAGAUUUCCUCGAGGAUGUUCAACAAGGUCGCCAGACAAGACGCUUCGAAUCCGAGAAUGCCCUCCGCCGCUAUACAUUAGAAAAUGAUAUGAUCUAUCCUAGGAAAUCCAUUCCCAAGGGCAGUCCACUUGCGAGUCUGUUGGCUAGAAUUGUUAGAUAAGAUUGGUACAUAUGGUAAUUAAGUUGGCGAAGUUGGGCAAGUUAUGGACUUGGGACGAAUUUAGU